AUGUCAGUUCAGAUUCUAGGAGAUCAAGCUACUGAAGAGAGAGCAGAAAAUGCUCGUAUGUCUUCGUUUGUUGGGGCCAUUGCCGUCGGAGACUUGGUUAAGUCUACGUUAGGACCUAAAGGUAUGGAUAAAUUAUUGCAAAGUUCAUCUAACAUGGAUUCAGCAAUGAUCACCAAUGAUGGCGCUACGAUUUUAAAAUCGAUUCCAUUGGACAACCCAGCCGCUAAGGUUUUGGUUAACAUUUCCAAGGUUCAGGAUGAUGAAGUUGGAGAUGGAACCACGUCUGUCACCGUGUUGAGUGCAGAGUUAUUGAAAGAAGCAGAAAAAUUAAUAGAAAAGAAAAUCCAUCCUCAGACGAUUAUUGAAGGUUAUAGAAUCGCGUGUACUACUGCGUUGGAGGCAUUAAGUAAAGCAGCGGUGAACAAUGGUUCUGAUCAAGAAUUAUUCAAAAAGGAUUUGAUUAACAUUGCCAAAACUACGUUAUCGUCGAAGAUUUUAGCCCAAGACAAAGACCACUUUUCUACUUUAGCCGUGGAUGCUAUCCUCAGAUUGAAUGGUUCAACUAACUUAAACCAUAUCAAAGUGAUCAAGAAGGUGGGUGGUAGAUUAAGAGACUCAUUUUUGGAUGAAGGAUUCAUUCUUGAAAAGAGGUUCGGAAUCAACCAACCUAAGAAGAUUACUAAUGCCAAUAUUUUAAUUGCAAACUCAUCUAUGGAUACCGAUAAAGUCAAGAUAUUUGGAGCGAAAUUCAAAGUUGACUCCACGUCCAAGUUAGCUGAUUUAGAAAAGGCAGAAAAGGCAAAGAUGAAGGCCAAGGUUGAAAAAAUUAAGAAAUUCAAUAUUAACUGUUUUAUCAACAGACAAUUGAUCUACGAUUUCCCAGAGCAAUUAUUUACUGAUGCUAAGAUAAAUUCUAUCGAGCAUGCCGACUUCGAUGGUGUUGAAAGGUUAGCUUUGGUCACUGGUGGUGACGUUGUUUCCACGUUUGAUACACCAGAAUCCGUUACAUUAGGUCAUUGUGAUACUAUUGAGGAAAUCUUAAUUGGUGAAGAUGUUAUGACUAAAUUUUCCGGUGUUGCCGCUGGUGAAGCGUGUACCAUUGUCUUGAGAGGCUCUACUGAACAAGGUUUAGACGAAGCUGAAAGAUCGUUGCACGACGCGCUUUCUGUCUUAUCCCAAACUACUAGAGAAACUAAAACCUGUUUAGGUGGUGGUUGUUCUGAAAUGAUUAUGUCUAAGGCUGUUGAACAAGCUGCUGCUAAUGAAACCGGUAAGAAAUCGUUGGCUAUCGAAUCAUUUGCUAGAGCUUUAAGACAAUUGCCAACUAUCUUGGCCGACAAUGCUGGUUUUGAUUCCUCAGAAUUAGUUUCUAAAUUAAGAUCUGCAAUUUAUAACGGUAUGACUACCUCUGGUUUGGAUUUAAACAAGGGUACCAUUGCCGACAUGAGAGAAACAGGUGUUAUCGAAUCUUACAAGUUAAAGAGGGCUGUUGUUUCUUCUGCUGCUGAAGCAUCCGAAGUCUUGUUAAGAGUUGAUAACAUUAUCCGUGCUAAGCCACGUACAGCUGAUAGAAAUCAGUAG